AUGAAAGGCUCUUGGAGAAGAGAGAUUGAAUCACAAGGCAGUUCUUGGAAAAUGAAAUGUGCUCAAUUUGUGGAUGAGGAUUUGUUAGUGCUGGGCUCGUCGAACGAAGAUGAGCAAAAUCAACUAUUUGGGUUCAAUUUAAGAAAUUUUGAAUGGUUUUCAUGUCCGAUGUCCGGCAACACACCCUCAAAAUCAUCGUUUUAUCUGCCCUUGAUUUCUGAUCAACAUGAUCGAUUGUUUGUGCUGUGGAAUUUGGUGGAAUCAGGCCUCUAUGCAACGGUGAAUCAAGAUUACAGGGAUGAGGAAGGGUUUCACCUCGACAAAGGACAGCUUGUAACAGUAUUUGAAAAUACAAACAAACCCGUCGAGGGGGAUGACAUUGAAUACGUGUACUGCAUAACUCAGGAAAGAGAAGUCGGAGAAGUUCCAAAGUCCUACGUGGUCUUGGAGGAAGAAAACAAUUUUUUUGAUACAUUUGAACAUUCCUCAUUGCAAUUAAGCGUUCUGACUUUUGAGGACAUGAAAUGGACCACUGUUGUAUUAACUGGAAAGGAUAUUCCAAGAGCGAGAAGAGAUUUUUCGAGCAAUUUUGUUGACAAUUGCAUUUAUUUGUUUGGUGGAAUUUCAGACUCAGAAGUUAUUCACAAUGAUGUUUACAAAUUGAAUCUAGAAACUAAUUCAUGGGAAAAAUUAAAUUUAAAGGACGAUGAAAAACCGGCCCCAAGAUAUGGGCAUUCAACCUCUUUAAUUUCCUCUAAUUUUGUCAUUAUGUUUGGGGGUUUAGAUUACCAGGAAUACAGAAAUGAUUUGUAUAUUUUUGACGUAAAAUCAAAAGAAUGGAGUCAGAUAGAAAUUGAUUUCGGGCCUUGCGCUCGUGCAUUUCAUUCGGUUAUCAAGCUCGAUGAAUCCUUAAUCUUUUUUGGAGGAGAUGGACCACAAGGAAUGCUGAACGAUUUGUUUAUUUUAAAUAUUUCUGAAAGUAAAUGGAACGAAAUUCAAUGUGACGGGGAUAUUCCAAGUAGAAGAAUUCGUGCCUAUUUGGGGUUAAAAGAGGGACAGCUUCUUUGUUUUGGAGGAGAAGAUUGCAAUGGACGUCAAUUUGAUUUACUUUCGCUAACCCUUUCAUCACGAGACCUGGAGCAGAAGCCGAACCCAGCAGAAAAAAAUGUCGAAACCAUCAACGAAUCACACCAAUCCCCGUCUUGUGAAGAGCCUGCGAAGACUGAUGAUGGCUUCGUUGUAGAUUUUGAGAAUUUUACGUUUACUAUAGAAGAAGAUGAAGAUGAAACUCCUGAUAUUGAUACAACAAGAACAACUUCCGAUUCUAUUGAUGCUAUUUUCGACCAAAUCUCAAAUGGUCAAGACACUAUUUCCGUCGACUCGCUCAUCAAAUGCAUUGGAAAUUGCAGAAUCGCAGAACAUGAGUUGACGUGGGACACAAUUCUUAACAUUGUUGUUAGGAUUACUGCCAACACUGAUUUGAAUCAGAUUGAAGCAUCAUCAUUGCAACAUAAUCGCAUUGACUGUAAGCAGUUCAGAGAAAUUGCCAAUGAAAUUGCAAAGCUAAAAUUUCCAUCACAAGACUCACCUCUUGAGCAGCUAAUAGAAGACUAUUUAUUGCCUUAUCAUACAUCCAAAAAACAAGAUAUGGUGAUGAAUGAAAUUUAUUCAUUGCCCUGCAUCAUGUUAUUUUUACGAUACUCGGCCUUUCUAAAAGAGAUAUUCGACAUUUAUUCCUCAAAGCAAAAAGCCCAAGCCGUAAACAAAUUCAUUUCCCUCGACUCCUUUUUGUCAUUCACAGAAACGUUCGACCUUGUGCCUGAAAAAAUUUCGAAAACAGUUGCUGAAUCGAUUUUCAAUAGCUGUUUUCUUUCUGAAGACUCUUCAAUUUCUAAGACUGACCAAGGGAUAAACUACCCACAAUUUUUAGAGGCGCUAGGAAGGAUAGCAAUAUAUAUUUUUGCAACAAAACAUAAGAACACCAUGGCAGAACAUAUGACAUUGCUUUUCGAUGCACUUGGCUUCUUCUCUGGAAACCGUUACAAUACCUUUUUAAAAAGAGCACGUUCAACCAAUCGCUCAAAUAACACAAACAACACUAAAGGUGACAUCAAGUCAACACCAAAUAAGCCGAGAGAAAUCGAACAGAAAUACGUUGAUCUACUUCAAAACAAACACGAGCUUAAGGCUGAACUGCACAAUAUUUUCAUGUAUUAUUGCUCAUUUGGAAAUCGUUUGAACCUGGAUUUGAUGAGCUCGUUUAAAUUUCGGUUAUUCAUACGAGAUACAAAUAUUUACACUUAUGGAUUUAAACAAGAAUCUGCAGAUUUAAUUUUUAUUAAGGUAAUCACGAACAAUGCAUCAAAAACCUCGAAUUCUCAGAAAAUGGGAUUCCCUCAAUUCAUUGAGUGCCUAAAAGAAAUUGCAAACAAAUUAAGACCUACCCUUGCACCUUCCAAAGCAUUUGCUCAGUUUUUAUUGGUUGACGUGCUUCCAAAUGUAAAUAGAUUGGGAUCAGCUUCUAAGUGUGACAUUGGCGAGGAAGCAGCAACUACUGCUGAAAGAAUAUUCGAGUCUGUUAGAAGAAAUUUGCAACGCCUGUUCAUUCUUUAUUGCAACAGUAAUAGCACUGUUCAUUAUAAAUCAGUACAGGAUACAAUGUAUUUAGAUGAUUUCCUCAAACUUGCUACUGACUUUAAUUUGAUUCCUUUAAUCUCUAAAAAGGAUAUGUAUGGAAUUUUUAAAUCCUGUCUUUCAAACGCCGAUACGGAAUCCCUCUCUUAUCAGAAAUUUGAGGAAGCUCUUUUAAAAUAUGCUCAAACAGCCUUCUCAAAGUAUCCUUAUGAUUUUAAAUAUCCUUCGACGGAGAGCAAAUUGAGUUUGUUGUUUGAAAAGAUGGAACUCACAGAAUGGAACUUGUUGCGAAAGAGAUUGGAAAAGCUCGGUCGUUGUAAUAUUCCAUCGCCAGUCAAAUCAAAAACUAAGCCAGCCAAUUAA